AUGAUAUCCGACAAGUACCUGAACUUCCGCCGGAUCCAUCUGCCCAAGUACACCCGAUUCGUCUACUCGAUUUGGCUGAAUGUGGCCCAACUGAAGAGCAUCCGAUCGUCAUACGUCAAUUUCAAGGGACUCGCGUUGAAAGAAGAGCACAUCAACAAGUUUUUUGAGGAGUUGGAAGGAGACGCGACGCCAGAAUGUCGAAUGAUGGGAGCGCAACUUUCAAGGAAGGAUAAACCAGAAAAAGAUGCUCAAAGAUCUACACAUGAACAGUUUCCAUCCGCCGCGGAUCGAACGGUUUCCUGGGCAACAUCUCAAGUGCCCGAUGGCCGAAAUCGAGGAGUACUUGGCGUUGUUGGACCAGCAACUGAUGGACUACUUUGAAGACGUGGCGAUCGAGCAGCCGGCUGAAGUUCGACGCGUUGAAGGGCAUUUUCAAUGUGUAUGUCAUUGA